GAAAAAAGCCAGAGAGAAAGACAGAUCCCUAAACCCUGAUUCCCAUCAAAGUAUCUCUCAUCUUCUUCCUACCUCACAUGGCAUCAUCAAUCUCCCACUCUAACUCAACUUCCCUUCUCCUUCCAGCGCCCAGAACUUAACUUACUACAUGUUUGUAGCCCUGUCAAUUUCUAGUUCUUGAUUUGCGAUGGAAGUUCCACGCCGCUCUUUGGCUGCGUCUCUGUCUCCUCUCCGCCUGAUCGAUCGUCGGAAGAGUUUUAGUUAUAAUCAGUUGCCUGAGGAGCCGAUCAAACUCACUGUUCUCAAGCUUGAUGGUUCUUCCUUUGGUGUUGAAGUGUUGAAGAAAGCUACAGUAAGGGACCUCAAGAUGGCUGUAGAAGCUGUGUUUUCUCACUUGCCCAUCACAUCCCUUGGCAAUAAUAUCUCAUGGCCGCAUGUUUGGGCACAGUUCUGCUUAUCCUAUGAAGAUCAAAGAUUGAUUAACGACUCUGACUACCUCACUGACUUCCACAUUAAAGACGGUGAUCAGCUUCGAUUCAUCCGCUAUAUAUCAAACCACUGCAUCUUGAUGAAGACGCACAAGAGCAAAACACCAGGCGUUUCUUCUUUGAAACAACUCAAACUACCAUCUAGGUUGUCAAUCAAAAUCCAAAUCUGGAAAAAGAAGGAAAAAGGAGGUCAAGGAGACGGUGUCGACACUACAAGAAAACAGCGAAAACAGCCAAGCUUUCUAUCGACUGUAUUGGGAGGUUGGCUCUCUUACAAGUCAACGCCAACUCAAAGAGGGACGAGAAAACUCUUACUAAGUUCAAAGAAAUAAAAUAUCUUAUUAUGCACAUGAACCAUCAUGAAACCAUAUGUAAUCCAUAGUUAGACUAGUUUAAUAUAUGACCAUACCUGGCUUGACACAAACCUAA